AUGCUCUUCUUUCUAGGCAUUGUUGGGGGAGGUUACUAUAACAACCCUGGCAGUGGCUCCCAGUACGUCUGCAUACCAGAGACCGCUCCUCAGUACCUCACGGUUCAGGGUGGUGUCCAGUCAAAUGGCGCCUUCAUGUACGGCACGGAAUAUUACAAUGUCGGUGGCACACUCGGAAGUGGGCUUCAUUACCACGAUGUGCCAUGCGCAGUGUGCUACGUCCCAUCACGUGGUACCGAGAUGAUGGUCCCCGCCCAGUACACGUGUCCCGCGGGAUGGACCCUCGAGUAUUACGGGUACCUGAUGGCAGAGCACUACACUCACAAGCACUCGUCUCAGUUUGUUUGUGUUGACCAUAAGGCCGAGUACAGAUACGGUACACACUCACGUUCCAGCGGUGCAUUUAUGUUCCCCGUGGAGGGGAGGUGUGGGUCUCUGCCGUGCGGUCCUUUCGUAGAAGGAUAUGAGCUGACAUGCGCAGUUUGUACCAAGUGA